AUGUACCUAACACGCCAGGCCCAAGUCGAAUCGAAGGAAAAGGCUCUGGAAGCCUACCGGAAGGAACGAUUUCGUGGAAGCGCCCGAGUCCGUCUAGAUUGCCUUGGGUUUGAGAAGGGGUUCAGCCGCCUGAUGGAUGACGGCCGCAAUGCCGUCCGGCUCGAGCGAAUUCUCGAGUUGCAAGGCUGUCUUCGCAUCAACCGGGAUUACCAUGUCCCGGUGCUGGUCGAUGCGGCCGACUGGGGCCGUAGCAUCAAGAUGCAUGAUAGCGAAGACGAGCUGCUCCCGGAAUUGGCUGUGCCUCUGAAUAUGUCACUCCGCGCCCAGGGACACGAAAGCAUUGUCGCAGCGGCACGAAAGAUGCUAUCCGGGCCGAGUCGGUGGUGGGUGGUUGAUGUAUACGUGGAGGAUCCAGGUAAGUUCCCCCCGGCAUCGCUGGUCUGA